CUCUCUCCAUAUUGUUACGUAGUCCCUUUGUUACAUACAUACCCAAGUACCUCAAUUGUCAAUAUGCAUAUCAAUCAUCAUAUAAAAAUGAUUGAUGAACAUUAAAUCCUAUUAUUAUAUAUAUGUGAUAGGAGAAUUUCAAAUUCGGACUUAGAUUCUUCAAUUGAGAUUCCUUUAGAAAUGAGGUUUCAGCCGAGACUCGCUGAAGCACGUACAAAUUCGAAAGUCCUUUCGAAAACAUCUGAUAAAAUUGAAACGAUACAGAGAAAAUUAGGGCAAUCAGUGCAGAAGCGCGGUGCCAGAGUAGAUGUUCCAGCUGGAAUUGUGACGACAACCAGUCAAGAGAAGCAACAGAAGCUGACGAAGUUGUUGAUGAAAGUGAAUAUACAGAACAGUGUGGGGCCGGUUCAUGUUGUAAUGUCGCCGGAAAACACCGUUGGGAAGUUGAUAAAGGCUGCGAUUGAGAUUUACGUGAAGGAGAAGCGGCGGCCGUUGUUGCCUAGUAGCGAUUUUCGGUGUUACGAGCUUCAUUACUCCCAAUUUAGUUUGGAGAUCUUGAAGGCAGAACAAAAGUUGCUGAAUUUGGAGUCUCGAAGUUUCUUUCUAUGUCCAAAACCAAACUGUCGUAUUAAUCUAUCUUUGAAGAACAAAGCAAAGUCCACUGAGAAACUUCCAUUUAUCUUGGCAAAGUUCAUGGAUCUCUUAAUACAAAUCGUCAUAAAUCUAAGUAGUUUUUGGCCAAAAUGUCAUCCCCAAUGACUUUAAUCAUAUAUUUAAAUAAAAAAUGCUUGUGACCAGUAAUGUUCUCCACAUCAUGUGAAUUUGACACCUUCUGUUGUAAUCGAUUCUUCUUCUACUUUUAGUUAUUUUGUGUAAUUUACAAUUCAAUUUUUAUAAAGUUGAACGAAAUGACUAUGAAUGCUCGAUGGGGCUUUUAAUUUAAUUGGAUCUACUAGUCAAAUUUGGUGCAAGAUGUAUUCAAGAUUUCAACAUUUUACAUUGUAAGUUAAUUAAGCCCAAGUUUGCUCAAUAACG